AUGGCCGAGCCCUACAACACGCCUGUACCGGGCUCAACACCCCGCUCGGGAUCGCCUGUCCCCCAUCCGCUUCGCCACCCGACGCUGCUCAGCACCGCUGCAACAUGCACACCCAAGCCGCGGGUCCUGCAUCUCGGCGACCCGAUUCGCUUCAAUCCAGAUACACACGACGUCUUGUCAUCGCAGUAUGAAGUCGUUCGGCCGUCGGCGGCAGAGCGCGAGCGAGCGCCCUUUAUCCAGAACCUGAGAGACGGGAAAUGGGGCAGCUUCCAGGCCAUUUUCCGGCCGUUUUGGCGGACAGGCGGCAUCGUCUACUGCAAUGGAGGAACGGCCUCGGCCGACGCAGUGGCCGACUUGGCCGUCGCCAUGAUCAUCUCCACGUUCCGCUAUAUACCCUGGUGCAUGGCGGCCGCGACGGCCGCUUCGCCGUCUGCGUUCGCAGACUGCCACCUCGACUCACCCGCCCAAUGCCAUAACCUGCGAGACCGCAUUCUUGGCGUCGUCGGCCUGGGAAAUAUCGGCCAGCGCGUAGCUACGAGGUGCCGCCUCGGAUUCGCCAUGGAGAUUCACUACUUUGACAUUGAGCGCAAGUCUGCCACGGUCGAGGGCGCCGUCUCCGCCAGGUUUCACGAGUCGUUGGAGUCGUUGCUCGAAACUGCUGACUGUGUCGUAUUGUGCACACCUGUUGGAUUCGGUGGCGAGACAAUGAUUAAUGCGUCCACGUUGAAGCAUUUCCGCCAAGGUGGGAGAUUUGUCAAUGUCUCAAGAGGCGCGUUGGUCAACGAAGAUGACUUGGUGGCCGCGCUGGAGUCGCAGCGGCUCAGCUCCGUAGCGUUGGACGUGCAUGCCAAUGAACCACAUGUUCACGAGGGACUGAAGAAGCUUGCCGCAGAGGGCAGAGCGAUGCUGACCUGCCACAAUGGCGGCGGAACGGUAGAGACGCAUGCGGCAUUCGAGGAGUUGAGUAUGCGCAACGUCUUGGCCGUCUUGGGUGGCGGUCCGGCCUUGUCUGCUGUUAAUUUGGGCCACUUGAAGAGAUGA